CCAUGCGGUGCUUGCUUGACCGGACCACACACUCGAACAAUCCUCCUCCGUCCUAGUAUCGCAGGUAAAAUUUAUCUUUUUUUUUUUUUUUUUCACGUUGCUGUAUUCAAUUGGAAAAGCCAUGAUGGUGGAAAGUACGUCUUUGACCGUGAGUUGCGGUGAAGUCCCCAUGCGCCGGCGUUUGAGCAGUGGAGAGCAACUGGGCAUGUCGCUCUCGCUCAACCUCAAGCCGCAAGAGAACAUUUGGGGGCUCGAGGCUCGUUGUGUGCACGAAUUGAUCGGCCAGCGCGUUCGAUCUGGACCUGAGGCUACGGCGCUGUGCACCACUUCCACCACAUCCGUCAGCUAUAGACAGCUCGAUGCGUGGUCGAGGCGUCUUGCCGUCCGGCUGCGCCAGCUCGGCCUCCGGCGCGGGAUGUACGUUCCCUUUUGCUUUGAAAAGUCCACGGCAGCCAUAAUCGCCAUGAUGGGCAUCCUCCACGCGGGCGGCGCGUGUGUCGCUCUGGACCCAACACAUCCCCAACACCGCCGUCAGAUCAUUCUAGAAGCCGUCCAGACUCGGUUCGUCUUAGCCUCGCCAACUCACGCGCACCUAUUUGCCGAGACCCCACUGCAGCAUUUGAUAGUAGUAUCGCCGGAACUGGACAACGACUUUUUCCUCGACGAGAGCCUGCUGGAGGAGGACGUGGGGGGAUCCAUCGCUCAACCCGGCGACCCGGCCUUUGUCGUCUUCACUUCGGGGAGCUCGGGGAAGCCCAAGGGGGUGAUUCUUGAACAUGGUGCCAUCUGCACCAGCGCCAAGUAUCACGGGGAGGCGAUGCGUGUGGACGAGACGACGCGAGUGUUUCAGUACGCUGCAUACACCUUCGACAUGAGCAUCUACGACAUCUUCACCACGCUAAUCCGCGGCGGUUGUGUGUGCGUUCCCUCGGAACACGAGCGAGUCCACGAUAUCGCACACGCCAUGGAGGCCAUGCGAGUCAACUGGGCCUUCUUCACGCCCACCGUACUGAGCCUGAUCGCGCCAGAGGAGGUGCCCACGCUGAAAACCCUGCUCCUGGCCGGCGAGCCCGUCACGCAGACUAUAAUCGAUACCUGGGCGGACAAAGUGGUUCUGAUCAAUGGGUAUGGAUCAACCGAAAUCUCAACCUCGUUCAUCGGGGUAUUGAAGCCGUCGAGCGAUCCCAAAUAUAUCGGAACCACAUACGGCGUGGACGCGUGGAUCACGGAUCCCGAAGACACAAAUCGUCUCCUUCCUACGGGCAGCGAGGGAGAACUGGUGGUUACUGGCCCCGUUCUGGCUCGUGGGUACCUCGACAAUCCGACAGCAAUGGCGGAGAAGUUCAUCGAGCGGCCGGCAUGGUGGCGGCCAUCGUCAUCUUCAUCGGGCCUGGUCACAGCGGGCCAGCCAGUCCAGGUGUACCGAACAGGUGACAUCGUCCGUCAGGACGCCAGCGGGUCAUUCCAAUUUGUGCGCCGCAAGGGUCCCAUGGUGAAAAUCCGCGGGCAGCGAGUCGAGUUGGGCGAAGUCGAGCAGACUCUCUCCUCACAUCCAGAUAUCAAGGUCUGUGCAGCAGUAUUUGUCUCGGACGGAGCGUAUCGGGACGCCAUUUCUGUGGCCUACCAACUUCACUCGGAAAAUAGUAGCAGCUCGACUGGCGAUGCUAGUGACGACAGUGAUGCCAAACCGUCAAUCAGGUGCCUGACGGAGAGCGAGCGAGACGAGCUGGGUGGGAGUCCCCGAGGCCUUCGCGAAUUUGUCUCGACGCGCCUCCCGAGCUACAUGGUGCCUUCGCACUGGCUCGCGAUCGCCGAGAUGCCUCUCCUCUCAUCGGGCAAGGUAGACAGGAUCAGGAUGGGCAAGUGGGUGGCAUCGCUCUCCCCUCCAAGUAGCAGCAACUCCGCACCGACCCUUGACGAGGAGAACCACGAUGGGAUCUGGAACCGGAAGAAGCAGAAUUCACUCGUCCUGCGGCAGAUCAAGAGCACGGUAUUCAACCUGAGCCAGACCAAGUUCCCGGACUCACUACCCCUGGCUGACGCCGGGCUGGACUCGCUCAAGAUGAUGGCGUUGAACCGGUUCGUCAAGACAACCUACCGCCUGUCCAUCGAUAUCCCCGUGCUGGGGAGCAUGAGUUUGAGUAGUUUGGCGCAACGCAUCCUCGACCACCUACAGGGAGUUGACGAGUCCGCCUCAACGCUGGAGGCUCCCGCGAAGACGCGCAUGAACCUGCUCCAGGAGCUCGCAGAUCUCAGGCUGCAGCUGCGUACGGCGCUCCCCUCGGCAGACCACGGCCUGCGGCGUGUCUUCAUCACGGGGGCGACGGGAUUUCUGGGGACUUAUGUGCUGCGCCAGCUGCUGAUGGCGAUCCCCCAGGCGACGAUCAUCUGCCACACGCGCGCGCGGACGGCGGAGCAAGGCUUACAGCGGCUGGCGAGCUCGGCGGCCAAGGCCGGGUGGAAGCUGGAGCAUUUUGCGCAUCGCAUCCAGGUGUGGACGGGCGAUCUCAGCUUACCCCAGCUGGGACUCAAUGCGUCGCAGUGGCAAUGUCUGACUGGGAGCGGCCCCGUGGAGGGGACGAUUGACGCGGUGAUUCACAACGCGGCGGACGUCAACUGGACCAAGAGCUAUGCGGCGCUCAAGGCGGUCAAUGUGUUGUCGACAAUGUCUUUGUUGCAGGCAAUCGGCCAGUCACCCGUCAAGCCGCGGUUUGUCUACGUGUCUGGCGGGCGGUCGUCCAACUCGGAAACCGAGAGCGCAAUGGACCUGUUGGAAGAGGUGGAGACGAUGAACGGAUACGACCUCACGAAGCUGUACUCGCAUAUGCUGGUCAAGGAAUUUGCCCGGCUGUCCAAGUCCAAUCACGCCUCGAUCGUGAAGCCAGGAUACAUUAUCGGCACGGCCACGGAGGGGAUCGCCAACACGGACGACUUCAUCUGGCGGAUGGUGGCCGGGUCCAUCAUGGGGCACGCCUACAACAGCGACGAAGACCACCUCUGGCUGUAUAUCGCAGGUGCCGAGCGGGUCGCCGAGGUUAUUGUCGACGAGCUGUUCCAGCCCUCCCGGCCCGGGGUGUGUGCGGAGCGGAGCAUCACUGACGGUCUGACAGUCCGGCAGUUCUGGGAAAUCUUCCAGAACCACUUCCACUACGAUCUCCGCGCGCUGCCGGCGGCCAAGUGGAUGCAAGUGGUCUCCAGCGACGCCGACUCCAAGGGGGAGGAACACCCGUUAUACCCGCUACUGGAGAGUCUCGCCAGGGGUGAUGCCCAGGCGGGCGCCGAACGACUGGAACGCUCUAUCCCCGGGGUGUUGACCCAUGUUGUACGGGCGACUAUCAUCAAGAAUGCCGAGUAUCUGCAACGGAUCGGAUUCCUUCCGGGACCCAAAGGCGAGAAAACAAUGGUGGCCAGGGACAACAGCUUGAUAUUCAAGCGUCACUUGUGUCAUGAUCACCCAAUCCCGGGAGUAGUCAAGGUCGAGAUGUAGACAAGCCAUUCAAUAGCCUCCGUUAUCGUUUGGAUGUUUAGCUGCACGCAUUUCUUUUUCAUCAGCAAAAGUUUGUUUUAUUCUGAUUAAUUCUUGGUCUUGGCGUCCUGAUGUUUUGUAGGGCAUAAGAGAGGAGGGAAAAAGGGGGAAGGGAGAAGAAGAGAAGAGAAGAGGGGUUAUCCUCCCCUGAUCUUGAAUUUUUGUUAUUCUCCAUUAUUCUGUUCUGUUCAGCUAGUGAUUAUCGGUAGGAUGUCGUCAGUAUCUAAUUUGAAGCAGAUUAUAGUAUCCUCAUAGUCAAUAUUCUUCUCCAGGGACUGACAGUGAGAUAGAAAAAGGUCGAUACACGCAGCGAGAAGGAGGAGG